GCGAUCCUAAGGUGUUAUUAAUUGAAUUGAGAAGGCAUCACUAAAUUAUCUAUUCUUCUCCAGGAACAAGGCGAUAGUUUGAUUGUCUCACCAUGAAGAUGCGCGGCGUUAUCGUGUUUGUUGGUCUUUCCUUGGUGUCCAUGGCGACGUCCGACACCAUGCCACUGAUUCUCAACCUAGAUCUUUAUGCUCAGAUCAUGUACAACGUCGUCGACGACGGCUGCAUGGUGAAUGGGGCGUUGAAGGGCUUUGACAGUGAGUUUACCUUGGACUUGACUGGAAGCUGUGUGAAGUACCGAUGUACAAAUGACGGAGUAAGCAUCAUCACUGACCAGUCAGGAUGUAAGGGGGACAGCGGCUGUGUGACUGGACUGACGGCUUACGGCUGCAAUGCGUACACAUGUCCAGAGGAGGGCACGACUAUGAAUGGGAAACCUAAGGUGUGGUUGAUUGACACGGAUGCUGAGGAACAAUGCGAAAUAUUUGGUGUCCCCCAGUGUUUUGAUCUGUAUGAGUGGCACACAGUCAACGGGAUGAGAUGCAAAUGUCACUCACGCUCCGAAAUGAACUGCGAAUUUGGCGCAGGGCCCCCAGACAGUUAGACAGAGCAUAUGAUUCUUCAAUCUAAUCAUUAUUCCGCAUUACAUCCAAACUUUAACAGCAGCAAACCUGAAACUCUCAAACCCCUUAAGUUUAUAUAGGUCUACAUUACCAAGACGCCUUCUGACUGUCAUCAUUAUAAAAUGAAUAUAGCGUGUUGUUACAACAUCAAAGUAUUCUCAUGAAUUCAAAUAUUCAAGAAAUGUAUGGGUAGAUAUGUUUAAAAGACGCAUUUAACAACACAGCCCUAGUACUAUGAGUGAGUGAAUGCUGUUUUACACCUCUGUCUGCUGUAUCCCAGCUGUUUGUAUUCCUGGAAAUGAUCGAGUCUUGAUCAGGAAAGCCAAUGAAUAGUAACUACUGGACACGACGACACACAAUCCAUCAGACCACACCGUAUCUGGCACUCAAUACUCGGGUUUUAGGACACAAAUGAUAUUCUGAAGGUCAAUUCUGCCCGUAAUCCCCACCAAGCCCAGCAUUAUGAGAACAGUAUUAUAUCAGCAUAUGCAUAUACUAGUAUAUGUUAUAUACUAUAACCCUAUAUGUUACAUGAACUCGCGGGGAUUUCACAUAGAAUAGGUCCCGAUCAACCUAUGCUUGUUGUAAGAGGGGGCUAGAUGGAAGGGCGGUCUGGCCCUGUUACUUACUGUCCUCGUAUCCUUAUUGCAUAGAUAGACGCUCAGGAUGUCAAUCACUGCAUUGUCUGAUCGAAACUAGAAUAUUUACAGACUACCGCCAUAUCGAUGCCGUAUUAGAGCAAAAAAUCAUAAUAUACAUUGUAAAAGUAGAGAACGUGAUCUCAAGGAGUCAACCCUCUCAAUAUUAGAGCAGUUGUGUAAACUGAUAGAGGAUUAUUACCACUGUUUUGCACAAUCCAUUUAUAACGCUUUAGUGUGACGAUGAGGUGAUCCUAACGAACUGUCGGACGCUGUGUUAAACUCUGAUUAACUCACUUACAUUUUCAGUGUUUAAGAUGAAAGGAAGCAUGUCUUCCCUUGUCAUAUCGAAUGAAUAAAACA